AUGGCAGAGAGAGAGAGAGAGGGAGAGAGGGAGAAACGAGAGAGAAGAAGAGCGAAAGAAAAGGAGAGGAAGAAAAAGAGGGAGACACACAAGAAAGAGCAGACAGAGCCAGAGAGAGAGAAAGGAAAGUCGAACAGUCCUGGGUGUCGCGUUCCUCUCAGGACCCUCUCUCUCGUCCACCGUUUCCUUUUUUUCUCAUUUUUUUAUCAAGAGGUGGAGGAAAAGUUUCUUUUUGGGAGCGAGGGAACUUUUUCGAAUCGACAUCCGAGAAAGAAGACGCACUGCUCAUCCUUCCUCAGACUCAAGACAAAGGCCGAGAGACACCGUUCCAGACGAAAGCGCGUCUGCCGAUCUUUCCUCUUUUUCACUUUCGCUCGGUGCAGAGUGUCGCCCCGCUCCUGUCGUCUUCGCAUACCUUCUCUUCUCCUCGCGCAUCAGCAAGAGAACGGCCGGAACAGACGUCCACAGACCUCCUUGGGGCAACACAGCGGACGCGUUUCCGCGGGGAAGACUCCUUCCGCCAUGAAAAAGGAAGGAAAACAGACGAACGCACACGCACCGACAGGAGCACUGUGGCAGUCACCCAGCCUCCUCUCCCUAACAAAGCGUAGAUUCCUUUUCGUGGACAGAAAACGAGAAAACAGAAUCCCCUGUCUCCUCUCCUCUGGCUCCGGCAAACUUCUAGCGGCCUGUUCACAGCGAACGACAUCAACGAGAGGGGAGGCGAGGAAGACGCCCAGACGGUCCAGAACCGCGCUACCGCGACAGAAGCCGCUUCCUCCACGAGAGCUUGGAGAAGUGACGGCGCUCUGCAUAUUUAGGAAAGAAAACACCGCGAAAACGCUUGCGAUUCUGCAGGAAAUGGAGACGAAAGAAGCGACAAUUAAAAAGCCAUUGAGCAAAGCCCAUGUCACAGGGAAACCGUUUGCCUUCGCUGUACCUCGCCUCAAACCUCUCUCACUCGAACACCCUUGCUGCUCUUCCUCUUCCUCCUUCUCUUCCUCCUUCUCUUCCUCCUUCUCUUCCUCCUUCUUUUCUUCUUCUUCCUCCUCACCGUUUUGCGUCUCCCCUUUUCCUCUGCCUCUCGCUUCGUGCCGUUCUUCUUCCUUUCGCCAUCUGCCCUCCUCUCUACGCUCCUCCUUCUCCACCAUGGCCUCUCCCUCUGCGUCGCUCCUCUCUGCGCCUUUGCCGUGGUUGAUUGUUCCGAGUCGCGCUUCGCGCGCGCCAGCGGAGACUGCGACUCCUCUUGCUCCGGCGCAUGCACUCGAAGAAGGAAAGCAUGUGGGCGGGCAGCAGACCGGCGCAGAGUUUCUCGCGGAUGUCGAUGUCCUGCUCUUUGACUGCGACGGAGUUCUGUGGCAUGGCGACAAGCUGCUCCCAGGAGUCGCGAAGUUGCUGAACGCGUUCGGAGCCUCUGGAGGGAAGCAGGAGGAGAGAGAACUCCCAGACGACGCCGGCAGGUCUUCGGCGUCCGGCUCUGGAGCGCAGCAAAAGAAGAUCUACUUUCUGACGAACAACAGCACGAAGAGCCGCAGAGGCUUCUUGAAGAAACUGGAGAGCCUCGGUGUGCAUGCAACGGAAGAACAAGUCGUCUGCAGCUCCGUCGUCGCCAGCUGGUACCUCCAGAAGAGACGCGCUGCCUUCCGACAAGAAAAAGCGAAAAUGCGAACAGUGCAAAACGCGGCGAAGGAGAAGAACGAGACGAAGGAAGAGAAAGUGGAAAUCGACGAUUCACUUGUUUACGUCAUUGGAGAGGAAGGGUUGCUGGAGGAACUCCACAACCAUGGAUUCAAAACCUUAGGCGGACCGGCAGAUGGGGAGAUUCGCCUGGACUUCCAGAAGAACAAAGACCUCGCCGUUGAUUUCAGGCGCGAUGUGGGCACCGUGGUCGUCGGAUUGGACCGGAGCUUCAACUACUACAAGCUGCAGUACGCGCAGCUCUGCAUAAACUUCAACGACGCCUUCUUCCUCGGCACCAACAGAGACGCGCUCGGCAACUUCACACCCUCGCAGGUGUGGGCAGGCGCGGGGACGAUGGUUCAAGCAGUCGAAGCGGCGACGGGGAAGAAGGCGGAGGUCGCGGGGAAACCUUCGGACAUCCUCCGCGAGUAUCUCCUCACUCACGUCCUGAGCUCCACUCCUCUGAACCGCGUCUGUCUUGUCGGAGACCGCCUCGACACAGACAUUUGCUUCGCACAGCGCCUCGGCGUCCGCAGCGUCCUCGCUCUCACAGGUGUGACCGACGCAGCUCUUCUGCUCCGGCACAUUCAGAUGCGGCAGCAGGCGAUGCAUGCAUGCAAAGGCCUGGAGACGCGUGCAGAGACAGACCCUGCGGUCCAACGCAGAACGACCGAAACAAACGGGGUGUCGAAUGACACACAGAAUCACGCGACAGAGGCAGAAGAGACAGAAGAGACAGAAGAGACAGACGGCAAGGGGGAGGACGGAAGCAGAAAGAGGAGGAAACUCCACGCAGACGCGGCGACAGAAGACGCGGAACACGGUCGAGACCUCGAUUACGUUGUUCCAGACUUUGUGAUUGAAACUGCAGCACAUCUGGUCGAAUAGAAAUGCCAAAAUUGAAAAACGCCUUCUCCUGUCUCUUGAUGCUUACAAGUGUCACGUACAAAGACAUAGUUAUUACAUAUAAAUAUACUCAAAUAUUUAUAUUUAUUUAUUUUUUAAAAUACAUUUAAAUAUAUUUAUACAUGUGCAUAUGUGUAUAUACACAUAUUUUUAUACAUAUAUAUAUAUAUAGAUAGAUAGAUAUGCAUGCAUACGCUAUAUUGGGUGCUUGUGAAGGGACAAUAAGGGAGAUGCUUCAGACGAGCGAUCAGCUGACAUGGCAAGUCUUUUCGCGACUUUCGCAUGCGAGGGAACGUU